CGAUCACGAGUGUUUCUCAGUACUGUUGCAGCCAGAGUCUGAGACGGUUGCCUGAGAGUGAUCGCGCGCGAGAUUUGGAGCCAUCUUAGCCAGAACCUCCAGUGCCACUGAACGAAUCUUCCUGUGUCCAAAUGCGCGAGUGCAGAUCCGUCCGGGAGUGACUGUUGAAAGAAUGACGCUUGGGGUGGUAAAAUAGGCGGUCUCAUCUCUGGCUCUUUCGACAUCGAACGCAAAGUUGCAGUUCAGAACGACCUUUUCCCGCACACCAGAAAACCUAAAUCUCAGUGGAGUUUCCAGUGCUGACCGAGAGAGUUUGUGUGUGUGUGUGUGGAUUAAGUGCUAGUUUUACAAUCUGUGAUAGCCCUAUGAUUUGUCCAUUAUAAUCAUCUCUUAGGAUUACUGUUGGAUAUACGAGAAUUGAGCAAUUAUGGCGCUUACGGCUUUUAGUUACUAUGCAGUAUUUCAAUUAAUCACAAUCGCCACUUUCACACAGACAGCACAACUGCCACCCACAAUAAAACCUCUCAUAAUGGACAGAGAGCCCACAGUUCGGAUCCAGUGUCUCAUGGGUUCAAUGAUCAUCACAGUCAAAGAUCCUCCGCCCAAUACUGAUGGUCUCUUCACUGGCAUGAUUUACCCGAAGGGACUGUCGAAGAACUCAUCAUGCCUAUCGGAAUACAGAAAUCACGACGGGCCACUUAAAUACAAACUACCACUGCGGAGCUGCAAUACGAUGCCACAAGAAAACGACGACGGUGGUAUUGAGUUCUUCAAUACCAUUGUGCUGCAGCCGCAUUUGAAGUUGGUCACCGACCUGGGACGAGGCUAUCAUGUCCGCUGUCGCUACAAGAGCAGAGAAGCUGCCACGAAGCCCACAAUCGCAGCCAAAUUGGCCAAUCCUCAGGCAUUCACCAGUGACGAGAUCGCCGACCGGAGCCACUAUGGACGCUCGCUGGACAAUGGGGAAGAGUCCAGAAACGAAAUCCCCAUGCCAGGAUGCCACAUGAAGAUCUUCUCAGGCGGCAGUAUUGCUGAGAACGUGAAGAUUGGCGAUCCUCUCACUGUAAUCAUCAACAUCGACCAGCAAGACGUCUACGGACUUCACGUGACGGACUGCUUAGUGAGAGAUGGCUUGGGUUGGGGUGAACAGCGCCUCGUGGGAUCGGAUGGAUGUCCAACUGAUGGAGAGAUCAUGGGACCCUUUGAGUACUCUUCCGAUCGCUCCAGCGCCAAAGUCACCUUCCCUGCGCACAAGUUUCCCUACACUGCCUCUGUCUACUAUCAAUGCAACGUUCGCCUGUGCGCGCUGGCGGAUCCAGACUGCAAGAAGUCCCCAACUUGUGACUCCAGAAGACCCAAGAGACAGGCGGAAGGCAAAGCGGAAGACGAUGAGGGUCAUCCGGCCACCAUUGAAGUGUACUCCGGGCUGUAUGUGAACGAGAACGCCGAAGUGAUCGACGGAGAUGAUGAGGUUCUUAAAGAAAAGACUCCCGACGAUGCCAUUUGCGUAUCUCAGAGAAACUUCGCGAUCGCCAUUGCUGUGGCUGGCCUGAUCCUCAUGCUAGCCGUGAUCGCGGCCGUGCUGAUCAUCAUGGCCAGGCGGCGCGGAAAGACCAUCUCCAACUCGGGCAGCUCGAUCUACAGCGGCCCGUACACCAACACGGCCUUCUCGCACAGCAGUUAAAACUGCCGAGACAUCUUCAGGUGCCACGAAAGACUCCCCAGCAACGAAUUCUAGUGCCCAGCGAGCGCAGGGCCCACAGAGUCACUUUAGUGAUAGCCAGAGUAGAUUAUAGGAUAGGCCUUAGGGAUUGAGAUGUUACUGAGCAACUCCCAACAGUCAGUCCGCGGAGUUGCUCCCUAAUGUCGCCUGCGAUUCUCCACGCACACGAGGAUGAGACGCGCUUCCGCCUCUCCUCCUCCAGAGUUGGCAGACAGAAUCCAGACUUUGUAGCAACUAAUUCGGUGGUGGACUUUCUUCUCUCACACCAACUCUACAUAUAAAUGCGAAUUCGCACCUCAAGAGUGUCCCGAACAGCCGGAUGGAUUGUUUCACAGAAUUGUUACGUGUUGUGGGCAUGAAAACACUUCCCUGGAACUCUCCAUGGGACUCUCUUGAAGUAGUUUCUUCAAUUGUAACGACUCUCGUCAAUUAAUUUAUGCAGUAAGAUGUGCAACAUUGUACUGUAACGAAAAGUAAUGCAAUAAACAUUCUUUAAUAUUUUUAA